UCUAGUUGAGAGAACGCGAAAUUAGAAGUGUGUUCCGUAAAAAAAAAAAAAAUAUUCGAAAGGUACUUCGUGUAUCAAAAUUAGCAUCGAAAAAAGUCAGAGAAUGAAAUCGAUUUUAAUAACCGGUAGUAAUCGUGGCCUGGGUCUUGGACUAGUGAAGCACCUCGUACAAUUACCCAAACCACCAGAAAAUAUUUUUGCAACUUGUCGAGACGUGAACAAAGCGACGGUAAGGUUGACUGUGACGUAGAGGAAUCGGCAAAAAUCGGAUGACGCAAUGACUGAACUGAAAGAACUUGCUGAGAAAUCAAGAAACGUUCAUAUCAUUGAAAUAGACUUAACUGACACAAGCAAUUAUAAAAAAAUAGUAAAUACCGUCAGAGAAAAAGUAGGAUCAGCAGGACUCAAUGUUCUUUUUAAUAAUGCUGGGAUUUCACAAAAAUUUACACGACUUGCUAUGGUUAAAGAGGAAAAUCUGACAAAUACUCUUUUUAUUAAUACAGUAGCUCCAAUUAUGUUGGCAAAGACGCUUCUACCAUUAUUAAAGAUUGCUGCUAAAAAUAAUGAGAUUGGAAAAGGUAUGAAUAUAAACAGAGCUGCUAUUAUCAAUAUGACUUCAAUCCUUGGCAGUAUUGCACAAAAUGAUCAAGGAGGUUUUUAUUCAUAUAGAUGUAGUAAGGCAGCUCUUAAUGCUGCAACAAAAUCUAUGAGUAUAGAUUUGAAAGAUGAAGGGAUAUUAGUCGUUUGUUUGCACCCUGGAUGGGUGCGUACCGAUAUGGGAGGAAAUAAUGCACCCUUGGACAUUGAUACCAGUGUUUCUAGCAUUUUAAAUGUUAUGGAAACACUUUCAGAAAAACAUACUGGUUCUUUUCUUCAAUACAAUGGUACAACUUUACCAUGGUAAUUUUUAACUAAAAAUAUAUUAAUGAUCAUAAUAUUUAAAUAUUGAACCAUUCGAUUUUGGAAAUAUAAGUUAACAUAAGUUAAAAAAUAAAAUACACUGUUAAAUUAUAUAUAUAAAUAUAUAAAUAUAAAUAAAUAUAAAUAUAUAUAUAUAUAU